UUGCGAACCAAAAUAUUUAUUCGUUGACUGUGUAUUUCAUCAUAUAUUUUACUUCUCCAACGUUCGUCGUGAGUCAUAGUAUUUUUGUGUUUGUAUAAAAGCAAGCCGGUUUGAACAUAAAACUAUUAGUCGAGUUUUUGUCUUACGUGCAAGAACCUGUGUGAGGAUUACCUCUUGAUACCUAUUCGUUUCUUUGUUUCUGUUAUCAUUUCAAUCAAUUGAGGUAAGAUUUCACUGUCUACCAUAUUGUAACAGCUUCUUCAUUUUAUUGGAAAUUGGUUAGAAAUGGCUGAGGUAUUGCCUAUGAAGAUUUAUACGACUUGGAGAGAGGAUGAAAAACCUGAAAUACGAAGAUGUGAGGUUGAUAUGCGAAACAAACUAAAAUUUGUCCAUGUUUCUGAGAUACUUUAUGGCCUCUAUCCCAAGCUGCAGCAUAAGGUUUUCAGUGUUUAUUGGAAAGAUUCCGAAGGAGAUGACAUCCUGAUUUCUUCUGACCAUGAACUGGAUAUAGCAGUUGCUGAAAUGGGUCGUUCUCAACUGUUGAAGCUGUAUGUUCAUUGUAAGGAUGAUCAGCCGAAAGACGAAGUUCUGAACAUCACUGUGACUGCAGCAGCGGAUACGGCUUGUGGAAGCGGUGCUCAGCAGGGUACAGUCAUCUGUGACGGCUGCGAGGAUCAUAUUACAGGUUUUCGUUACAAAUGUAUAGUUUGUGACGAUUAUGAUCUAUGUGGAAGAUGUGAAUUGGCAGGAGUACAUGCUAAACAUUGCAUGAUUCGUGUCUCAAUGCCUGAUAUGCAGAAAGAGAAUAUCAGGGCUGCCAUUAAGAAUUUGCGAACAAUUUUGAAAGCCCUGCAUACUGAGGCUUAUCGUAGGGCUCGUGAGAACCGCGAUAAGAGCUGCGAGAGGAGGCACAGGGCCUCGGCGGACUAUCACAGGCGUCAUGGGGAGCGCGGGCACAGGAAGCAGCGAGGCAGCUGGUUCGAUACCUUCACAACAUACAUGAACGAGUUCGCCAACCUAGCUGGAGACGUUCAGACCGAUCCCGAACCUAAGAAAGAAGAGAAUAAUGAAACUCCUGCUGCCGAAACCGCUUCACCAAAACCUGAAACUGAGCAAGCGACUCCGCAACGAAAUCCGGAUGUGGUUAAGGAAAUUGACGCUAUGAGAGAAUACAUGAAGAAGAUGUUCCAGUUGAGAGCUGAGCGUGGGGCUGACUUCGCUGAACUCUUCAAGGGACUUAACAUCGAGUCAGAAACAACCGCUGAAGAGACAGAUAAUCGCGAGGCAAAGGAAAAAUCUACUGAGAGGGCUGACGGUUGGACUGUUAUUGACUCUGAAAAUGAUGGCGCUAUGCCGGCUGAAAUCUCUCGUCCCGCAGGCUCGGACACAUCCGACGAGGGUCGUCCGAGAUACGUUCAGUCUAUCUACCCUCCAUUGAAUGUGUCCACUGCAGUUUUGAAUCCAAAAGAACCGAAGGAGCGCAUCAUACCUGUGGAGAUAUCCGAGCCUGGUCCAUCUAACGUCGGCAAAGAGAUGCCGAAGCCCAGCGCACCGAAAGCCCCAGAACCGGCUAAACCGGAACCCAAGCCGGAACCGACGAGGCAACCUCAUCCAGUUCCCGAGGUCGAAGCCAGUUUACAACACAUAGCUAAGGGAUUCAAUAACUUAGUGCCCCAAAUCGAAGCUGCCAUUCAGCAGAUGAUGUCCAUGGGUUUCACCAACGAAGGAGGUUGGCUGACUCAGCUACUGGAGAGCAAGCAAGGGGACAUUGCCGCUGUGUUGGAUCUUUUGACCCCUGCCAACACUAAGAAGUAGUUUUCUAGAUCUAGUGCACAGGUGCACACUAAUAAAUUACUAUAUAUCGGCCUAAUAUACAUUGAAAAAUAGAUGACAUAAUAUAGCUUUAUGCUAUGAUGGGGCGUUUAUAAAAAAUAUUUCAAUUUGACUUGCAUGUGGAAUUAGUAUAAAUUGCAACAUAAAGGGAGAUUGCAGACGACAC